AUGCAACGACUGUCGAAUCAGACAAACUUCAGCAUCGACUCUCUGAUCUCGCCAUCGCCAAGUAGUCUUCAGGCCAGUAGUCUUCAGCCAGGCCAACUGUCCCCGUGUUCCCGGACGAGUGAUUCUUCCGAUCCAGAAGAACCAGUGAAAGGCAGUGGUUCCGAGGUGCCUGGAAAAGCUCGUCGGAAAAGAACAGCCUUCACAAGCGAACAACUGCUCGAACUCGAGAAAGAGUUUCACUCCAAGAAGUAUCUCUCUCUAACAGAGAGGUCACAAAUAGCUCACGCGCUCAGGCUCAGCGAGAUGCAGGUGAAAAUCUGGUUCCAGAACCGGAGGGCCAAGUGGAAGCGUGUCAAGGCAGGAAUCACGGCGGGACGUACCACCCACAAUCCUAAUGCCCCUAAGAUUGUAGUGCCCAUUCCCGUGCACGUUAAUCGAAUGGCCAUUCGCAGUCAGCAUCAGCAGCUCGAAAAAGCCGCCACCAGGUAA